AUGUCCAACGACGACGCCAGCCGCCAGGCCCUCUACCGGAACCUCGCCAAAAUGAUCACUGAACAAGCCAUCACCGACUGGCAGCGCUACCAACACGCCGGCCCGAAACGUCAACCCAGCGACAUUAUGCUCAUCCUCGAUGCCGCUGCGUCCCAAACGGCCAUGGACAAGGACAUCCCCAUCAGCGUAGCGCGCCGGCUCAACGAGUUCAAUACACUCGGCGAUAAGCGGUUAGGAGGGGGGCGGAAGAACAGGUGGGCGGAGGGACCGGAGAAUGAGUUGAAGAAGCAGAUUGCGGAGAAGAAUAGGCGGAGAAAUGCGUUGAUGGAGCUGGGAUGGACCGAGGAGGAGUUGCAGCGGGCGGAGAAGUUGAUGGAGGAGGCAGAGGAGGGGUGUGGGGGUGUGAAGGUGAGGGAGGGGAGCCAGGCGGGACCAAGUGGAUCGGCAUUGGGUCAGCAGCGAGCCCUCGCUCCUGCUCUUGCUGGACGACAGGGGAUGUCGGUCAAGAUGGAGCCUUCGGACGAUAUCCAGGUGGAGAGAGACCAGCGGACACCCCUACUGGCGCUUCAUGGACCGUCGAAUCAGCUCUGUCGUCCACGCACUCCUCGGGUCGCGCCAAACCCGCACCCGGUCCGAAUCGAGCCUGCCCGAUCUACCAACGUCGCGGCUCCCUCACUCCCUCAGGCCUCAGCGCAGAUCAACAAUGAUGCUGUUCUUCCGGAUCCUAUCCGACCAGCUUCAUCGCGCCUUGCGUGGCCUCACCUCAACAUCGGGUCAGUCGCAAUUUCUGGGUCGAUCGCCACUCUUCCCUUCGUCUUUCCCAAUUCGUCAAACCCUGCGCCGCCUCAGCCACAGCCCCAGAGAUCCAGCUUUGGCGGCUUCGCAUCGGUCAGUAGAGCAGCGAAUGCGAGCGUGCUCUCCUCAUUUCCGGUAAUCAACGCCCCGAAACCACCCCGACCUCUCACGAUGCUCAUGCAACCGCACGGGCUCGGCUUCGCAUCUGGCGGUACCAUGUCUGCCGCUCGAAACGAUACGGCCGCCCACGAGGCUCAGGCGAGUCAAUCGAGACAGGGCGGAGUCAAGAGAGGACGAGAAGAGCUGGAAGAGGGGGAGAUCGAUGAUGGGAGGAAUGUCCGGGUCAAGGUGGAAGUGACGGAGGGGGAUGAUGAGGUCUUGGAGGUCGACAAGGUGGAGCAGGUGUUGGAGAAGUCAAGCAAGGAGUGA